GAAUACAUCUAAAAUGACUUCUACAUCUUUUAACGUUGGCCUCGGAGACGGAUCUCGUUCGUCCAGCCGAGUGCUUCGCCCCCCUGGUGGCGGUCACACGGACAUCUUUGGUGGGGAGCCCGAACCCACCCGAGGCCGCCGUCCCGCUCCUGCCACCGCAGCUAGUCUAAUCCAAGGUUAUGGAGAUGAGCCAGCGAAGCCAACAAACGGUGCAGUAACCCCUAGCCAAAACGGUCAAGCGAGCGAACCCCACGAAGCUCCAGCGCCUCCCGCCCCAGUCCCAGAGCCAGCACAAGAAGCCCCCAUACCACAAGCUGCCUCGACACCUAAUGCUGCCCCAACACCUAAUGCUGCCCCAACACCUAAUGCUGCCCCCACACCUACAACACCCCCUGAGCCCAAAUCUAUGAGCCCCAAAGCGGUCACACCCACGGAACCCAGGAACGAGGCACCUAAGCGCGUCCGUGUGCCUCCCGGUGGUUUUUCCUCUGGACUCUGGUAAAACCAGCUCCUGCCUAUUGUUAAGAAUCUUUGGGACCAGGAUUUUAUUUAGGGUUGAUUGAUUAUUGGCUAUGCAUUAAUAUGUAUACAGAAAGAUUGGCAUAUCUCCUGAAUACUUUUGCCUGACAUUCUAUAUAUAUAAAAAAACUUAUUAAGUUAUUAUCUCUCAAUGAUUUAAUUAUUUAUCUUUUUAUAGAUUAAACUGUGUAUUUGUAAUGAGUCCGAAUUAUAUGUCAACCUAUGCAAACAAAUAGAGAUUAAUAUUUUUACAGAUAAUCUAGUCUUUGGAAUUGAUUUAUUUUAGAAAUGAAUCACAAUAUGAGGCAGAUAUUAAAUUAUUUAAGCAUAAGUCUUAUUUUGUAAUUUAAAAAAAAAACGUUCAUAUCUCUUUGAAUUAAAUUAGUCUGUAAAUUAUAGGUAUAGAUGUAUUUAUCUGUACACAUAUUAAUGUAGAUGAAUGUUGCGAACUGGUCCCUCGCUUAGACUCUUAGCUGGGUUCGCUCGAUCCAGUCAAAGAUGGUACUUGUUUUAAUCCCUCGCAAAGGUAUUUUAUUUACUCAAUGUAUUUCUUCAGUAUAUCGGAUUAUUUACGCAUUUUUUUAAAUGGAGAAUUAUAUUUUUUAACAUACCUGGUACUCUCUCUCACGGUUUGGCUUUUGUGUCAAAGUGGCAACUCUUGCUAGCCAAAUAUAUAUAGACUUAGAAUCUAUGGUCACAAAUUGGUAGAUUUUAGAAUUUCACUAGAUAGGCUUUGGAGAUUUGAUCGUGUCAUUUGUGUGGUUGAAAUUUUGGCAUAAUAUUCAUGACAUUUGAUAUGUUCCUUUUAGUAGUGACGAUGUCAGGGGGAGCUUGGCUUGGCUUCAGCCACAGAGCCUUGACACUUGAAAUAUGAAUGGUUGUUUUAUUGAUGUGAUUGUAUUGUGCUAUUGAAUACUCUUUAUUGAAAGAGUAGCCUUAUUAUGUUGGCACUAAAACGAUUUGAUCGAAUAUGUUUAUGUUGCUAAAAGGAAUACGUCUUUAUUUGGCUUAAAAAUUAAGUUAUGUGGCAUUUUUAUACUGUGUUGGACUCAGACUGACAUGUGCCUCAAGUUGUACUUAAAAAUGAUUAGUAGCAAUGUCGCCGUAGCGUUUUUUAUUAUUAAAUAUAGGUUUUGUAUGCCUCGCUGGCAAAUGCGAUUAUAUAUAUUAAUAAUGAUAAUUGUAUUUUUAUAUGAAUUAAAAUGCAAUAAAAAUGUA